CGGGCCUGCCUAUCAGCUCGCAGACGCCCCACCCGAUGGUUGUGGAAUUGUAUGUGUGUGAGGGGGGGCGUGUUAUGGGGGGACCUGCCCGGAGCCUGGAGAAAGGGGGCCGGUGCAGGAGGCGAGCGCGGCCGCGGUGUCGCCUGUGUCCUUCCCCGCGGCAGCCCAGCUUUCAGCCCUGGCCGGAGCGAAGCCGCGAGGAGUCGGGCCGGGAGCCGGCCUGGGCCGGGCUCCUACAGGGGUUGUGUCCUCCAAAAGCCAUUCAACCAAGAUACUCUGACAGCAGCUGGAUUGGACCACAGAACUGACCUUCAUUGGGCCAGGAUUAUGCUUGUGUGGAUUGUGGGAUCAAGUUCUAUUCCUGUUUCAGUGAGUUGCAUGAUUUCAUCACUACUUACAGCUCCAUUAUUUUGCUCCAAGUUUAAAAUUCAGUACUGCAAAGUAUUCCUGAUGGAAUCUUGGAUCACACUGAUGUUUCAAGCCAAGAAAGACACAAAGCACAAAAUUAAUUUUUACAAAGAUCUGAAACCUCAGAUCCACGCCUGAUGAUUUUUGACUGAUGAUGUUAUAACAGUGUCCAGAAGUUCAACAUCACGUUUUUGACUGAACAUAUACUCGAGUUAUCACCAUCACCAUGGAUACCUGGAAAGAUGAAGCUGCUCAGACUAAGAGACCAGCAGCCUCUGGGGACUCCCAGUGCCAAAGUGAAGAGAAAGGGGCCAAAAACAAAGUAGUUGAGAUGAUUGAAGGGACCAUGAAAGAAGUGUCAGAGUCACCUUCAUCUGGCCCAGGUAGGCUAAAGAAAACUGCAAUGAAACUCUUUGGUGGAAAGAAGGGUAUCUGUACCCUUCCUAAUUUCUUUGGAGGGGGCCGAAGCAAAGGUUCUGGAAAAAGCCACACUAAGAAGGGCCUUAGCCAAAGCAAAACCCAUGUUGGCUUGAGUGAAGUAGACCAAGGCCCUGAAGACAUUGUCAGCGAGGGAACCAGCUUAUCCAUACCUUUGCUUCAGCCACCUUGCCAGCUUCCUAGCUCUCGGAGUACCCAUGAAACUUUAGAGGUAGGCUCCAGAAGCAAGAUAUCUAUGACUAGAGCUACAGAAAAGUCUGGGGCUAAUAAAGUUCCCCCUGUACCUAAGCCAAAAAAAGGCCUGAAAGGGUUUUUUAGUAGUAUCCGUCGUCACCGGAAGAGCAAGGUCUCUGGGGCUGGGCAAAUUGAACCAGAUUCCAAGGAGUCAUUAGUUAGAGUGAGGCCUCAUGAGCAUGUGAGUUCAGCCCUUCUGACCCAUGCUGAGGAGACAUCCCAAGUUCUCAAAAAGGAAAAUGCCAAACUCCAACCAUUUCCUGAGCCAGAACUUUCUUCAGCACCACAGCCUUCUCUAGCAACCUCUGAGAAGACAGUCUAUAAAGAUACAGAAAAACCCAUGGAAGCCUGUGUCUUAGCACUCCUGCAGCCUAAACCUGCCCUUAAAUCUAGUGGCCUGGAGGAACCACAUAGCCCAGAAACAGGGGAGAAGGUGAUGGCAGGAGAGGUAAAUCCAUCUAACAGUCCAGCAGACCAGUUGAGCCUCAUAUUUGGUGAUGUCACAUCUCUGAAAAGCUUUGACUCAUUGACAGGUUGUGGUGACAUCAUAGCAGAGCAGGACAUGGACAGUAUGACAGACAGUAUGGCCUCUGGAGGCCAGAGGGCCAACAGGGAUGGGACCAAGCGAAGUUCCUGCCUAGUGACAUAUCAAGGUGGUGGGGAGGAGAUGGCCUUGCCAGAUGAUGAUGAUGAGGAAGAGGAAGUAGAAUUAGAGGUAGAGGAAGAAGUCAAGGAAGAGGAUGAUGACUUAGAAUAUGUGUGGGCAAGUGCACAGAUGUAUUCAAGGUCCAAUUUGAACCUGGACUAUCAUUCCACUACAUUCCCAAGGCAUCCUGGUUACAUGGUCCAUGACCCAGUUCAGUUUUAUCCUGGCCUAGCCCCUGGUGAUCUUUUGACACCUCAGAGUGACCAGCAAGAUUCUGCACCCAAUAGUGAUGAGGGUUACUAUGAUUCUACCACACCUGGAUUUGAAGAUGAUUCUGGUGAGGCUUUAGGACUUGUCCACAGGGAUUGCCUGCCCCGAGACAGCUAUAGUGGAGAUGCCCUUUAUGAGUUCUAUGAGCCAGAUAAUAGUCUUGAGAAUUCUCCAUCUGGGGAUGACUGUAUUUAUGACCUCCAUGGUCAUAGUUCUGAAAUAUUUGACCCCUUCACUUUUGAGCCCUUUUCUUCAUCUCGGCCACCUGGUGCAAUGGAGACAGAAGAAGAAAGGCUAGUGACCAUCCAGAAACAGUUGUUAUAUUGGGAGCUUCAGCGGGAGAAGUUUGAGGCCCAAGAGGUGUGGGAAGCACAUGCUGGAGAAGUUCUCACCAAGGAGGCCUAUACCCAAGAAACUCGUGCUAGGGGGGGGCAAUCCCGAGAAUUGCAUACUCUUAAAGCUUAUGUCAGAAAUUCCCAAGUCCAAGAGGCCUAUGAAAGGAAGGGUUCUGCUAGAAAUGGACAUAUUCAGGAUGCUCAAGUUCAGGAGGGCCAGAUCUGGCAAGAGAAGCCCAUUAUGGGGUAUCAGACAAGGCCUUUUGGUUCAUCGGUGAUGGGUCUGGUGGUUGCAGCAUCAGGAGCCUCGCAGACUACCCACAGGGGGACCACCUCUGCUUUCCCUGCCACUGGUAGCAGUGAGCCUGACUGGAGGGACUUUCGUCCUCUGGAAAAGCGUUUUGAGGGAAACUGCUCUAAAAAAGAUCAAAGUACCUGCCUCAUGCAACUUUUUCAAAGUGAUUCUAUGUUUGAGCCAGACAUGCAAGAAGAAAAUUUUAGAGGGUCUCCAAGGAGAGCCUACCCUACAUAUUCACCUGCUGAGGAACCGGACGAUGAGGAAGUUGAGAAGGAAGGAAAUGCGACUGUGAGUUUCUCACAGGCCUUAGUGGAGUUUACCAGCAAUGGAAAUCUCUUCUCCAGCAUGUCCUGCAGCUCUGACUCUGACUCAUCCUUCACUCAAAACCUCCCUGAGCUACCUCCCAUGGUGACCUUUGACAUUGCCGAUGUGGAAAGGGAUGGGGAAGGAAAGUGUGAAGAGAAUCCUGAGUUCCACAAUGAUGAAGACCUUGCAGCAUCCUUGGAAGCUUUUGAGCUGGGAUACUAUCAGAAACAUACUAUUAACAAUUAUAGCAGCGGUCGUUUCUAUCAAGGCCUACCCUGGGGUGUGAGUAGUCUUCCUCGAUACUUGGGACUGCAUGGCAUACAUCCUCGACCUCCACCUGCUGCCAUGGCCCUCAAUAGAAGGAGCCGUUCCCUUGAAACUGCAGAGACCCUGAAACAAGAGCUGUCUAAUUCCCACCUGUCCCAGAGUUACAUGGAGUCUGAUGCACUUCAGGUUCAGCAUGAAGAUUCAGAUGAAGAAGAGGAGGAAGAAUGGGGUCGAGAUAGUCCUUUAUCCCUCUAUACUGAACCCCCAGGGGCCUAUGACUGGCCUACCUGGGCUCACUGUUCUCUAGGAAUGGGGCCAGGAUCUGCCUCAAUAAGUCCCAAACAGUUGAAUAGAUCUUCCAGCCAGUUUUCAUAUGGGCAGACAGCCUGUUCUGUAUCUCCUCUGGCCACAUCAGUGUUUCUAUCAAUACCAGGAUCAGAGCUCAGGGCAUCUGACAAAUCUGGGCUUCAGGUAACUCAUCCUUCCCAUCUACCCAUGCCCAUGGGUUGCUAUAACCUCCAACCACAGGCCUUUCAGAGUACAAGGGCAAGACCUCUAAAUGCGCUUCUGCCUGUUGAUGGGUCCAGUUGCUCUUCUCAUUCUGGAGACUACAGUCAUAACCUGCCCCAGACCAAGCCUGUGGGUAUAACCCGUGGAAUCCCUCAGUUGUCCAGGGUCCAUCCUAAGUCUCAGCAGCCUCAGCCCAUUCACUACAGGGCUUCCAACUUUGAUCUGUCAAAGAAAAGGGCUGACCAAGUUGCUUCUUUCCCCACCACCUAGCUGAAUAAUUAUCAUUUAUUUCAGAGUUGAGGCAUGGGGCCUGAGCAUGGGGAACAGGAGUUGGGCAGAGGGUGGGGGGUUGACUUUAACGUGAAAAUACUUUUGGCCAAGGAAAGCUCAUAUGAGUUUUUAACUUUGUUUUCCUAUGUCUCUUCUCUGCCAUCUAUUCCAACACUCACCUCAAGUACAUCUGCCUUGGGAGGCUGCUGCUGCUGCUACUCUGACUUUGCUUUUAGGUUUUCUUCUUGUGACCCAUGUAGGGUUUCAGACGCUAUAAUUUCGUGCCUAUCCCAGUUUCCAAUUUAGUGAUUAUAUAUAUAUAUAUAUAUAUAUAUAUAUAUAUAUAUAUAUAUAUAGCAUGUAUUCUUGACAGAGGCUGAAUCCUUAGCACCCUUUGCCAACAAUACCCCACCCUCUCUAAGGAACCACUGUGCAUCAAGGUCUGCACUGACUCCUAAUUGGGAGCAGGAGUCUUGUUUGCUAUUAGUAAAGUGAAGUUAUGGUACUUAUACUCCCCAACCUCACAUUUUUCUUCCUUUUGAUUUUGGCAUAGCUGCUACAAGUACACCAGGUGACUAUAAUCUAUUUAUCCCAGUUGUUUGAUUUAAUAUCAAGUAGCAUGUGUCUCAAAACCUAAUGCUAUGGAUUUUGCUAUCAUAACAUAUGGGAACUUUUUAACCCAGUCUCCUAUGGAUGGAAUUGAAGACAAAUGCUAAUACCAUUAAUGGAGCAAACAAAUUUAUUUAGUUGCAAACAAGAAAAAAUGAGUUUCUAUUGUAGAUACAGCCACACAUUUUGAGCUCUGAAAUGAUAGAUAGUAUUUUCCCUUCCUCUCAAGUCUGAUUUGCAGAUACUUUUGAAUUCUUUUUUGCCUGUGAAGGAAAUUUUUGUAAUCUCAUCAUAAGGAACACAGUUUUAGGGCCACACCCAGUGAUGCUCAGGGUCUACUUCUGGCUGUGCUAAGUGGUCACUCCUGAUAGGGCUUGGGGGACCAUAUGGCAGGCCAGGUUUGAAAUCAGGAUGGGCUGUAUUCAAGGCAAAUGCUCUACCUGACAUUAUCACUCUAGCUUGAACAUAUUCUUUUCAAUGAAGAAUGGCCUAAAUUAUGCCUAAGUGUUGGUGUUGAGGAUUUUGUUUCAGGGAAAGGAUAGGAAAACUGCUUGUCUAUUUGUCUCAAUCAGAAGGAGAGAAUGCAUCACAUUGCAGAACUUGAGACACCCCAACUUCUUAGAUAAAAAUGCCUUCCCUUAAAAUAAAAAAGUCUCUUAAACUUUAACCCACCCCUCUAUUUAAACGCUAUAAAGAAGCUGUAGGUUAACACUGCCAACAUGCAGGAUUACAUAGGCAUCUUAGACUUUUUAAUCAAGUUAUCUUAAGAGAGCUUUUAUUUUCCAAUUAACCAAGUUCUUAGCAUAGUCAUAGGACCAGGCUUCUUGAGAAAAAUGACUGACCUACUUACUAAACUUUUGCUAAGCUUCUAAAACUUGCUAAACUUCUAAAACUUGCUAAAACUAAAACUUCUAAACUAACUUGCUAAAACUAAACUUCUAAAACUUGCUAAAACUUGCUAAACUUCUGAAACUCUGAUUUUCAUAUUAGUUGCAACCCUACAUGGAAUUAAUGAAUUCUUACUUUGUGCUGUGUUCACAUAGAUUUUAUGCCAAACUAGUUUGGAAAUGCUAAUGUGAUCUUAGAAUUAUUUUCAGGAAGCCAUUGCAACAGGGUAAUCUUACCAGGAACAACCUUUCACUAGUCAUUAAUAUGGGUCUACUCCUUUUAAAUUCCUUUAUUAGAAAUGAAACCUUUUUAUUGAGGGGUCACAUCCAGCAGUACUCAGGGAUCACUCUCAGUAGUGCUCUGAAUACUGUGUAGUCCUCUGGAAUGCAAAGCAUGUGCUAUAGCCCAUUGGUCUGUCUCCCUGGACCAGAAUAUGGAAUAUUUUUGCCUGGAUACGUUGGCCCAAAUUAUGAUCCUGCCCCCUGUUCCUGCUCUCAGGCCCUCACACCUACCCACCUCCAUGCCUUUUAAGAGAAGAAAGAGGUCAACAGGGCUUUUGCUUGGGAACAGAAUCUGUGAACUCUCUGAGUCAAAGUGACUUUGUGGACAAGUUGCUUCUUAGAAAAUGUGUUUGUACUGGUCUUUGUCACCAUUUGUGAGAUUGAGGUUGGACCAGUGCCCAUUUUUCUAAAAGAACAGAUCUGAUUGAUAGAAACUACAUCUGUGGAAGCAACAUAAGUUUAAUGGUACCAAAACCACCACUCAAGGGACCAAGACCUGCUCUGCAGAAUGACUUUUUCUACAUCAUAAAGAAAUUCAUCAUGGAUUUGAAAAUUAUAAGAGGAUAAGGAAGUUCCUUCUUCUAUUACAAGUAUUUAAGGCAAGAACUAUCUUGGUCUUUCACUAAAGCUGUCCUGGAAAGGUGGAACUGAAAUUGGCCUGUAUGGCAAAAUGCAUACACUCACCAAAUGCCUUUACAAAAGGGGAAAACACACCACUUUCCUCCUUUAUCUCAUUUUCUUCAGGGCAUUUUGAGCUCCUUUUAUAUUUGAACUGUGCCAACUACAACAAGCAGUAGAGCUAUCACCAGCCUCUAGAGCCUAUUGGGCCAUUAGACUAUUUGGGAAGAAAAUAGAUAUUUAGCCCUAGGCAAGAGGCUCAGAGUUAUUCUCAAGGAAAACAGGACAACCAGAGAUACUGUCUGAGGGUAAGAGUCGAGUCGUAGCUUUGACAAACUUUGGAUUUUUCAAAGGUAGAAUAUUGUAGAGUAGCACAUUGUUUGGACACCAUUGGUUGUAAGUACAUUCACUGUCCUGGACAUCCCCGGUAAAAAUACACUUACCAUCAGAAACAGUAAGGGUGCAUGGCUUCUGGAACAGGCUCCUUUCAAUCUGAUUCUAGUUCCAGGUAUUUAUAGCCAUAUCCCAACUGCAGCGUGGCACAGGAAGAAAUACCUGGCUCGUUAUAAACAGUGAUAAUAACACAAGGUGACACAACGGAGCCAGAAAAUCUCUAGGUCUAUUCCCAAUUAGUACUUACUUCACUAAUACCAAUUAUAUCCUAGAAAACACAUGUCAUUAUCCAGUUCACAAUGCCUAAGUUUAAUAAUACAUGAACAUUAUGUCUCCAUUGUAAGGUGCUGGAAUAUUAUCUAGUGUCAGCUUUGAUCCAGUCAGCUUAGGGACCAGUAACUAUUAAUGGAGAAGGAUACCUAACAAAGUUCUCCCAGGGUUUCUAGUUUCUCAGUGAUUUAGUAUCUUCAAAGAAACCAUUGGGACCUAUUUAGGCCUCACCUGACAAUUUUCACUCAGCUUGGUAAUAGUCCAUGAGCCUCCUGGACUAAAUGUUUUGGUCAAUACCAGUCUUCCUCCAGUCUUCAUGCUAUACAAAGUAGAUGAGUAGCUUUCUAUACUCAGUAUUUGUCUCUCUUCCUCCUUCCAACACAAUUCUUACCCUUGUCAAUGCCACCAAUCUACCUUUCCUUGGCCCCCAGGCCCAAUUGCCUGAAGAAGGCAUGGAUGGUUUAGUAGGGAGACUUCCAAGUUUAUCCGAGUACAUGUAUCCCAAGUUUUUUAAAUAUAUAUCAAAGCCAAUUAUCUAUUUUUGUAUUAUUUGCAUUUUGUAUUCAUGGAAAACAAUGUUUAUCAGUUGUUUUUUUUUCCUGAUAUAUUUUGUUUUAAAGUGGUGCUGUUUACAAUUUUAAACCAAACAAAGAUUUAAAAAAUGCUGCUGCUUGUGCAGGGGGCUGGCAUCUCAACUGCCCAGGGCCCUCUUUCACCUUCCAAUCCUGAUACAUCUCACUGUCCAUCCUUUGUCUCUAUGAUAGGGACAAGCAGAAGAUGUGGGUAUUGAAGACAAAUGCUGGGUGACACGGGCAUGUAGAACCUGGUAAAUAACAUGUUUUAUGGCUUUAUUUUUCUUUUUGGUUUUGGACCUUGUCCCACCCUUCCCUAUGUAUAGACCUCCUGAAAGCACUCAUCUCCCUCCCUCACCCUUUCCUGUUGUAUGAUAUUUUUUUGAAAUAUGAGUACUCAUGGUGUGCUAUUUGUCAUAUUAAAUUUCUCCAAAGGGACAUCUGGGUCAUAAUCCACUUAAUGGGGUGGGCAAGAGUUUUCAUCUAUGCCCCCUCUCUCCAGGAAGCUUUGGGAGAGAGAUAGCAGUGAUGCUUAAGUCAUCCGGAAUUGACAAAUUGAGGAGUCCUUACAUGGGACUUUUCAGGAGUUUAGUUGAUUGUGAGUUUACUCAAAUGAUAAAUUUACUCUUGUUGCUGCUUUAGGAUAAUUUCUCCCAUUAUCCCCAUUGUUUUAUAUCUACACUGCUCCAGCACACAUUUAAGUGAUAAUUUGGCGAACAGUGACUAAGGGUGAUGGCUUGCUGACCAGAUCCCACUGUUAUACAUUAUAGUCACUCCAAAGAAAAUCUAUAUGGCAUAUAUAUGUGAAAGGGUUGGAGCUACAGAGAGGAAGUACUUUAUUAUUGUUACUAUUGGUGCUUACUUUCCCUACUGUAUAAUGAAGGAAGGACAGAGGAAGAAAAAUGAACAUAUAUUUACAUCAUGUUAAGUAAAAUGGCUGGAGGGUGGGCAGAUUGAAUAAAUUUUAAACUAGUACAUCCCCAAUUCUUUUUCCUACUGACGUCCUGAUAUGUUGAUACAAUACCUGUUUGUAACAGCAUAUUUAUCUUGCUGAUUGCUAAUAAACUUGGUUCAAGAAGAGCCCACCCCUCCAAUUACUAAAGUGCAUUCUUGUUUAUUCCAUAGUAAUGUGCCUAUAAACCAGGGUUAAUUUGGUUUCUCGUGAUGGGAAGUGGAGAAAGCAAGAUGUAUACCUGUCCUGUUGCCCCUGCACCACAGCUUCUUCAUUGGUCCCCUGAACUAAUAAAGACCCCUGCUGCCCAGCUCUCAAAACCCAGGACACACCUCUAUGGAUCCAUUAUGAUAACGCUGGCCUGUCUCAUCAUCUAAGUGUGUCAAGGGCUCUGAUCCUCUUCCUACCUCAUUGUCCCUGGACAGCAACCUCUUCCUGGGUUCCUGAAAAGAGGAAACCUCGCUUCCCACUUCUUGAACUCAAAGCUGAGUGAAUGUGUGAAUUACACCACUUCAACCAGCCAACUCUAAAGGUUGUUGGUUUAGAUAUCUUUCUUCAGAUAUAUCCAUAAUAAUUUUGCUAUGUAAACAGGAAUGUUAGAUAUUCACCUGAAUGACCACUGAAAUAGCAUUUUAAAGCUCCAAGAUGGUUAGAUUAACAAAUGAAUUGGAGUAACAGUUUACUAAAAAUAAAAAAUCAUAUAAGUCCUCAGAUAUUGGGAAUCUGAAGAUCAAAUAACAACACCAACGGGUAUUUAAGAUAAAUGGAGGGAGGGAAUCAUCUGCUCUGGCAGACAGAAAGUCCUAGCAAAUCCACCUCAAAUAAAGCCUCAGACCUCAUUGAUAAGGAAUUUAAAUCAAUGAUCCAUGCAAUGUCCAUGAAAUAAAGCGAUCACUGGAAGAAAAAUUCAACCAACUCAAAGAUGUACUGAUUUAGGAAAUCAUUUGUAAAUGAAUUGAAGAUGUAAAAAAUACAAUAGCAAGCCACAAUGAUUCUACAUGCAGAGGAUCAUAUCAGUGAUAUUGAAGAAAAUAAUAGCAAUCACCAAUAAUGAAGUGACAAAAGAGAAGUAAAUGAAUGGAAAAGAAUGUAAGGUUUGUGAUAGAUAGCAAGAGGAAUGAUUUUGGAAUCAGGAAUACCAGAAGGAGAGGAAAAAUAGAAAGGGGAAGAAGGGCUGGUGGAAGAAAUGAUACCCAAGAACUUUGCUGAUCUCUGGAGAGAAGCUCCUGCUCUGAUACAACAGACCUAGAAGACAGCAAACAAAGUACACAAACAAAACAAUGCCAAGACACCACAGACUUAGAAUGGUAAAAUCAAAAGACCAAGACAGACUACUUAAGACAACACAUCUCUUUAUAUUGGUAAUUUUUCUCACUGUCAGUGGAUUAAACUCUCCAAUAUAAAGGUAUAGUGUAGCUGGGUGUAUCAGGAAAGAAAACCCAUUCAUCUGCUGCCUACAGGAUGCACACUUAAACUCACAGGUUAAAUACAGAAUUAGAGUGAAAGAACAGAAAACAAGUCAGUGAGAGGGGAAAAAAUGACUGGGACAGCCAUAUUUAUAUCAUACCAAAUAACAUUCCAAAUAAUAUAAAUAUCAUACCAGAUAGUAUAAAGAAAGUAGAGAUAAUGUUGGGUACUACUUAUUGGCAAAAGGAACAAUCAAGAAGUAUCAAGAAGAACUGCCAUCUGGUGGAGAGACUAUACAGUGGGGACAGUGCUUUCCAUGCAUACAGCAGACCAGGAUUCCAGACCUGGUAUUAAAUAUGCUACCCCAAGACUGCCUGGAGUGAUUCCUGAGUGUAGAGCCAGGAGUAAUCAAGCAGAUGUGGCCUCAAACCCACCGUCAGCAAAAAUACUGUCAUCAAAAUUUAUGCAUGAAAUGAAGGCUCAGCAAAGUUCAUAAAACUUCUCUCACAAACCUACAUAAAUACAUUGUCAGAAAUAGUAGUAGUGGGAUAAUUCAAAACCCCACUUUCACCUCUAGACAGAUCAACCACAGAAUAUCAGAAAUGAGACAAAAGUUCUAAAGAACUAGAGAACUGGGACUGUUGGACAUAUACAGAGAUUUUCAUCCCCCAAAACAAUAAUCACUUUUAUAACUUGACCCUUUGCUCAUUGAUUUGCUCGAGCGGGCACCAGUAAUGUCUCCAUUUGUCCCUGUUGUGUGCUAGUGUAGCCCAGUGGCUUCUUCUCGCUCCAGGAACAUGAAGAGCAUCACAGCCUCUCCUUACUCAUCCUUCCCAACGCUGCUGUAUUGGGGGUUCUUUCAGGGUCAGGGGAAUAAGGCCCAUUAUUGUUACUGUAUUUUGGCACAUCAAAUAUGCCAUGGGUAGCUUGCCAGGCUCUGUCAUGCGGGCGGAAUACCCUUAGUAGCUUGCCGGGCUCUCUGAGAGGGACGGAGGCUUUCAGGGUGGCCUCUAAUCAUCCUUACAGGUGCUCCCAGUUUACCGAAUGCAAGCGAAAUGAAUUUUUCCCUCCUCAAAGGGGGCCCUGGUAAAGACAGCCUGGCACAGGGGCAGGAGGUUCUUUGUCAUUCUCUGCCAGGAGCUUUGUUUUAUAGUCUCUGGAUCUUGGCCAUUGAUGAGAUUACAUGGCACCGGGGGCAGUUUGUGGGUGUGACUGCCAAGCUACUGGAAAAACGGGGGAUCUGGGUGGAGGAGGCACAGUCCCGAUCCGAACAGGCUUGGACAUCUCAGCCAUGGGUCCCACAUACCUGGGUUCCUCUGUCAAUUCCUUCGUGCACAAGGCUCAUCCAAGCAUGUGGAGAGUGGCCUUGAGCAUGGCUGCAGUUGGGUUCUGGAGGUUUUUGGCUGCUGGGGCUCUGCUUGGGGUGGGGAGGGAAACUCAACCCACCUGCCCAUCUGAGGGGGCUCCCAGUAAAAGUUCUGCCCAGGAAAUAAACAUUUUUUUCCUGGGCAAAACAAUAGUAAACAAUAAAAUUAUCUAGUGCACACGGAACUUUUUCCAGGAUAGAUAAAAUAUUAUGAAUAUAAUUCAAACAUACAUGAAUUUAUAAAUAUAAAAAUUCUAUGAAGUGUCUUCUCAGAUCACAGUUCCAUGAAAGUAGAAGUUAACCACAGAAAGAAGAGAGGGAAAUUUUCCAACAGUUGGAAGCUGAUCAAAACAGUUAAAUAACAACUUAUCAAACAGGAAAUCAAGGAAGAAAUAAAAUGAUUGUUUUAAACAAAUGAGAAUGAAGACACAGGCUUCCAGAAUCUAUGGGUUAUAUCAAAAGCUGUACUUUAGUGGGGAAUUCAUAGCAAUGUAGGCAAACAUUGAAAAAUAAAAAGUCCCAAAUAGUCAAAACAAGCAUCUCAAAAUCCUGGAGAAGGGACAGCAGAUUAACCCCAAAAAAAUACUGGAAGGAAGAAAUAGUAAAAACGAGGGCAGAAGUAAACAACAUAGAAACCAAAAAAUCAAUUCAAAUAAUUAAUUGACCCAGGAGUUGGUUCUGCAUUACAAGCCAUAUGCCCCAAAAUAGAGUAUGGUGAAUAUUGUCUGCCAUCGAGCAGUGGGAGGGUGGUAAAGGUGGGGGUAUACGGAGGAUAUUGGUGAUGAGAAAUGUGCACUGGUGGAUGGAUGGGUGUUUGAUCAUUGUGUGAUUGUAACUCAAUGUAAUUAUAUCUCACGGUAAAUCAAUAAAAUUAAAAAGAAAAUAAGUUAUAAAAAUAGUAAACAAUAUAGGUAAACUUUUAGCUAGUCUCAUGAUGAAGAAAAUGUUCAAACAUAUCAGAUCCAAACAUGAAAGUGAAGGAAUUCCAACAGAUCCUUUAGAAGUUCAAAAUAUGAGAGUUCACUAUGAAUAACUUUAUGCGUUCAAGCUGAAGAACCUUGGAAUAAUGAAUAGAUUCUUAGAGUCAAAGACUAAAUACCCAAAUGCAAGUAAGGAUAAACAAAACUUGGAACAGUGGUGAAGGUAAAAUGGAACUGGUGAUGGGUGCUAAAGUGAUUGAACAUUGUAUGACAAAAACCCAACUAUGAAUAACUUCGUAGCUCAUGGUGCUUUAGUAAAAUAAAAUUUGGGAAAAAGAAUAUCACCAAGAGCAAAAGUCCAGGUCCAGAUGGUUUCAUCUCUGUGUUAUACCAAGCAGAAGAUUUACUGGUUUUACUUUUAAGCUCUUCCAAAAUAUUAUUAACACAAGAAUUCCUACUAAUACCUUCUAUGUACCAAAUAUUGCACAAAUACUCAAAGCAGAGGCACUUCAAGAAAAGAAAAUUUCAGACCAACCUUCCUGAUGAAUAUCAAUGCAAAAAUCCUUAAUAUUAGCUAACUGAAUAUUUGCUAAAUAGGGUAUAAAAUCUAUUUUUAUGUGAAAAUUGUUCUCUAAACAGUAUAAUUCUUAAUGGUGAAGAACUGAAAGCAUUCCCUUUGAUAUCUGGUAUAAGGCAAGGAUAUAUACUUUCUUCACUUUUAUUCAAUAUACUAUUAGAAAUACUGACCACAGAAAUCAGGCAAGAAAAAUAAAUCAACAGGAUCCAAACUGGAAAAUAAAAAGUAAAAUUAUCACCAUUUGCAGAAUAAAUGAUAGUAUAUAUAGAAGAACCUUAAGGGUUGACAAAAAGCUCCUAGAAGUUAUAAAGAACUGCAGCAAAGUAGCCAGCUAAAAAUUCAGUACACAAAAAUCAGUUGCAUUUUUAUAAUCAAAGAACGAAACAAAGGAGAAAGCAAAAAAGGAUUCUAUUCCAUUUAGAAUAGUAUCUAAAACAUCAAGUAAGUAAGUAUCUAGGACACAAGUUAGCAAAAGAUAUGGGAGACCUAUACUGUGAUUUUUAAAUCAUGUAAGAAAAGGGAAAAAAAGCAUUAGGAAAUGGAAAAAUAUCCAUUGCUAAUAGAACAGAAAAUUCAAUAGUGUCAAAAUGACUAUCCUACCAAAUCUAUUUUAUACUCAAUGCAAUCCCCAAUCAAAUUCAUAUAGCAUACUUCACAAAUUUAGAAAAGUAAAUAUAAAACUUGUAAGAAAUUAGAAGAGAACAUGAAUAUGCAAAUUGAUAGUGAAAGAUCAAAAAUUAGGAAGUAUCACAUAACAUAAUUUCGAACUAAAGCAAUAAUGAUCAAAGCUGCAUGGUACUGGAAUAAAUAUAGGCUCUCUGAUCAGUGCACCUCAAUCAAAUUCCCAUGGACAAAAUCCCAUAUAUAUGGGCUAUUAAUUUUCGGUAAGGAAGCUGAGAACAUGAAAUGGAAUAAAGAUAGCUUCUUCAACAAUGGUUAUGGGAAAAUUGGAUAACUAUUACAGGAAGUUAAAGUUAGAUCCAUAUUUCAUACCUUAGACAAAAUUGAAAGUAGAUCAAGGACCUUCUGCACAUGAACUGUAAAACUCAUUGAGGAAAAUAUAGGCUGAAUGAAUGGUCCAAGAUUUGGAUCUUAAAGGCAUCUUUUUUUUUAUUUUUUUAAAUUUAUUUAUUUUUAAUUAGAGAAUCACCGUGAGGGUACAGUUACAGAUUUAUACACUUUUGUGCUUAUACUUCCCUCAUACAAAGUUUGGGAACCCAUCCCUUCACCAGUGCCCAUUCUCCACCACCCGUAAACCCAGUGUCCCUCCCACCCUCCCCAAUCCCAUCUCCCCCCCACCCCACCCUGCCACUGUGGCAAGGCAUUCCCUUCUGUUUUCUCUCUCUAAUUAGCUGUUGUGGUUUGCAAUAAAGGUGUUGAGUGGCCGCUGUGCUCAGUCUCUAGCCCUCAUUCAGCCCGCAACUCCCUUCCCCCACAUGGCCUUCGACUACAAUGUAGUUGAUGAUCGCUUCUCUGAGUUGACCUUUCCCCGGAACGUGAGGCCAGUUAAAGGCAUCUUUAAUAUCUGGUACCAAAGGCAACAAAGUAAAAUAUAAACAAGUGGGACUACAUCAAAGUUGAAAAUUUCUGUAUUGCAAAAGAAACACAGACAAAAACUAAAAGAAAGCUAACUUAAUGGGACAAAACAUUCACAUUCCACAGAUUAUAUCUAGGAUAUAUGGAUAUUUAAAGUACUCACAAAGAUCAACAAAAUCAUUAAAAAAUUAUAUCAAAAUAUGGCAGAUACUUAUUUUGAACAGAAUAAGUAUAAGAAUAAGAAUAAAAUAAGAAGAACAGACACUUCUCAGAUGAAGACAGCAGAGAGCCAGUAGGCAUAUGGAAAAGUGCUCAGCAUCAUUUAUCAUUUGGGAAAUCCACAUCAAGACAGCAGAGAGUCCUCAGUAAACUUAGAAUAGAGCUGCCAUAUGACCCAGAAUUUCCAUUUUAGGUAAUCCAACCCAAGUACAAAAAAUAUUCAUUCAAAAAGGUAUAUGCACACUUGUGAAUUGCUGCACUUAGUACAAUAGCUAAGAUUCAACCUAAAUGCCCAAAGACAGAUGAAUGGAUUAUGACUAUGUGGUAUAUAUGAACAAUGGAAUAUUAUGCAGCUGCAAGGAAAGAUGAACUCAUGCAAUUUGCUGAAACCUGGUUGGACCUGGAAGAUAAGUUGAUUGAAGUAAGUGAGGAAAAAGACAAACACAGGAUGAUCUCACUUUUCUGUUGUGUAUAGAAUUCCUGGAUUUGGAAAUGUAAUAUAGUAAAGGGGGCAUACCUCUUAACUCUGGAGUUUAGGUAGGAAAGGGACAGAGAAGGAAAUAAAUCAAUGGAGAAGGAAUAUAAAAAGGUAAGUAUUGGUGGAACAGAGGUCUGGGGCUUGAUUAUAAUCAUGAUGUGGGAGAAUGGUAUAGCUACAUAUCCAAAGCACAGACUAAGAAAAACUGAAUAUAUGACAUCUAAACUGCAAGCAACAGACUUUGAAAUGUGUUUGUCAAGGUUGAAGGUGGGCAUGGCAUUUCAGUGUGGGAGAUCAUUUCUACAAAUACUAGUGAAGUGAAGUUGACACUGGUUUUGGAAUUAUUUUUUAUAUAUUCUUAAAGCUCAAAUAUCAAUAACUUGUAAAUCACUGUUAUAUCAUUAAAUUAAAUUAUUUUAAAAAUCAAAAUGAAAGAAGGUAGGUGGUGAAUCCAGUAAGGAAAACCUAAGCUGUAACUGAAAGUGGAGGAAACUUCAGUACUUCAUCCAAGCCAUUCCUUACAUUCUAAUCUCAUUAUUUGUUUACAUUUCCCUACCACAUUUCCUUACUCUGAAAACUGGUACUUCUGGCCAAGAUUUCUUAAAUGAACCUCAGUUUAUGUUAAUGUUAUUGUCUCCACACCAGUCAGAAGGACAGCUCUGUCAAAAAAUGAGUCCAGGGACCAGUGAGGUAGCACAAUGGGACUUGCCUUAGAUCUAAUCCUAGUUCAAUCCUUAAAAUCCUAUGUGGUUCCCCUGAGCCCCACCACGAGUAAUUCCUGACCACAGAACUAUGAGUAAGACUUUUGAACAGAGAAUAGCCCCAAAACAACAGCAAAAUUAAUCCAGCGGUGAGACUGAGGCUACACUGUAGGAAUGACAUUUUUACAGCUUCCUUCCUUACCUAUUUAAUUGUGAAACUUACUAGGGAGCAUGUGAUUUCGGCUCCUUAUUUGUUUAUUUCACAUUUUAAUUGCUGUUUUUGAGAGAAAAAUUUAACAAGACUGAAAAUAUUUAUGUUUUAUGGGCAUGAUAUUACACCAGACAAAAACAAGAGUGCUAAUAUACCUCCACUGUAGUUCAUUGAAUCCUUUCACCUGUCUUAAUAUCCACCAAAUUUGAUAGUCCCAGUUUUGUUGUCAGAGUCUAAGGGUUUGUUUUAUUGAAUAUUGUCUAUUCUUUUGCUUUUUAAAAAUGUACCACAUAUGAGUGAGAUCAUCACAAAUUUGUCUUUCUCCUUCUAGCCUAUUUUACUCAAUGUAUCCCUCCAGUUCCAUCCAUGCAGAAAAAGGCCAUAUUUUAUCUUUUCUAAUAGUUGAGUAGUAUUCUAUUAUAUAGCACUGUUGCACAGUCGUCCUGUUGUUCAUCAAUUUGCUCGAGUAGGCACCAGUAACGCCUUCAUUGUGAGACUUGUUACUGUUUUUGGCAUAUCAAAUAUGCCACAGGUAGCUUGCCAGGCUCUGCCGUGCUGGUGGGAUACUCCCAGUAGCUUGCCAGACUCUCCAAGAGAGACAGAGGAAUCGAACCUGGGUCGGCCAUGUGCAAGGCAAACGCCCUAUCCACUGUGCUAUUGCUCCAGCCCAUUUCAUUAUGUAUACACAUAUUAAAUUGUUAUCGAUUUACAGGAUUUCAAACACUUGGCUUGUUUACAGAGUUUGCCUACUGUACAUAGUAGUUUAAUCAACAUAGACAUACACAUAUCUUUUCAAUUAGUGGUUUUGUGUUUUUUUAAUAGGCAAUUAGGAGUGAAUAUGCUAGAUCUUAUUGUAGUUCUACUUUUAAUAUUUUGAGAAAUAUUACUGUUUCCAAUAAAAAAAAUUAUAUUUUUACCAAUGUGAA